GUGUUGUGGGGUGGGUCGAGUUCAUGUGGAUGUAAGAGAGAGGAGGGCAGACGACCGAUUGUUUUAGAGGAUGAUUGCCUCCCAUUUCAGCAGUGCAACGAUGGAACUGAAAGAGCGCAGGACUUGCGACAGUUUAUUUAGUGAAGACAUAUAAAACACUGUCUGACAGGAGGAAAAAUGCGCCUAAAAUGUCGGCUCUAUUUUCAGCUUUAUCAAAAUGACCUCUCAUGGAUUAUUCCCUAAACUCUAUAUUACCAGAACUAUUGGAAAAUUAAUAACAGGCGAGUGCGUUCACUUUUCAUGAGGAAUUUACUGUCCACUCAGACUGGCUGCUCAGGCGCUAUGGAGUUCUUCUUUAGGAAGAAAAAGAAUCUGAGGACUGCAGUCAGCUUGACUUUGGUGUUUGCCACUUUGCUGAUGCUUCAGAAACUGAUGACGGUGGAUACGAACAUUAAGGAUCUCAGAGUCGAGCUGAAAACCAAGUUCUGUGGCCCAGAAUGUCAGUCACUCAAAAGUCACAAAAUAAGGGUCGUUGGAAAUUCAUCCCUGAAGAAUGAGACUGGCUUGGCACGAGUGACCAAACGCAUGCCAAAAACAUGGGACGUGCAGAGUAUUAACUGUGCAGAGAAUUCCACAUUAAAAACCCAGGAGUGGUUUCGCCAUCUGAAUCCACGAUUCCACCCAUUUGUCCUCCACAGACACUGCAGAUAUUUCCCCAUGCUUCUGAAUCACCCAGAGAAGUGUAGCGGUGACGUGGAUAUUCUGGUCGUUGUAAAAUCGGUUAUUGAAGAACACGACCGGCGAGAGGCAGUGCGCAAGACGUGGGGUAAAGAACAGGUCAUCGAGGGCAUGAGAAUCAAAACGUUAUUUCUAUUAGGCACUCCAGCGUCUGGCAAAGACUCCCGAAAUUUGCAAGCGCUGGUUCGAUAUGAAGAUCGAACCUAUGGGGACAUAUUGCAGUGGGACUUCAUGGACACAUUUUUCAACCUUACCUUAAAGGAGGUGAAUUUUCUCAAGUGGUUCAACAUCUACUGCCGCAAAGUCCCCUUCAUCUUCAAAGGAGAUGAUGAUGUGUUUGUCCACACCAAAAACCUCGUGGAACUGAUUGGUUUUAAGAUGGAGGAGAAGAAGGUGGAGAACCUCAUUGUUGGGGACACCAUUUUCAAAGCCAAACCGAUCAGAAACCGUCAGAGUAAAUAUUUCAUUCCCAAAGAGUUGUAUGAUAAACCCUAUCCACCUUAUUUGGGUGGGGGAGGAUUUCUCAUGUCAUCUCAAGUGGCUCAGAGGCUGUUCGUUGUUUCUGAAAACGUGGAGCUUUAUCCAAUUGAUGAUGUGUUUUUGGGCAUGUGUCUUAAGAGGUUGAAGAUCACCCCUGAGCUGCAUCUGGGCUUUAGGACAUUCGGGAUCAUAAAGCGUAAAGUGACUCCGUUGAACCGAGAGCCGUGCUUCUUCCGUAACCUCAUCGUGGUGCACAAACUCGGUGCGGCCGAGCUCCUGAGAAUGUGGAAACUUGUGCAAAACGAAGACCUCAACUGCGCCAGACAAGUUGUGUUCUAAAACUCAACUUAAAUGUACAUUUAAGAGAAAGAGAAAACAUCUCUCUGUAAUACAAAACUUUUUUUUUUUUUUUUACCGAAACCGUUUGCAGUUUUCCUCCCUUCUUUUGUAACCACGUUGUGUUAAAAUAAUGUGGAUGAUUAUGAUGACUGCUUAUAUUGUUAUGCAUUACCAGAUUCAAUAAAUCACACAUUUAUAAACGUUUUUCUUUUACACUUGUUGCUCUUGCUCAACAGAUGCAUACGUGCCAUGUUAUUCUCUAUAGAGAACAAAUACAAUCUGUAUCGUACUUAUAUAAUUAAUUAUAAUUAUAAUUUAUAAUAAUUAUAAUUAUAUUUAUUUAUCACACAUUAUACGUUUGCACAUAUACAGUGAAAUUCUUUUUUUUUCACAUAUUCUUUUGGUUUCAUAAAUUCUUUUUUUAUGACCUGUCAAUUCAAUUUUUGUCCACUAUAGGCCUAUAAGAUUAUAUAAUUUCUCUCUUCUAAAAAAAUACUGAUAUGCCUCUUAUGCACCAAACACUAAUGAUGUUACAAAAAUGCUCUUUCCCCCUUAUUCUGGUUGGUCUGAAGAGGAUAGAGGAUAUUUGAUAUAUUUAGUGUAUAAUACACUAGUGUAAUAUCCUUACUCAUACAAACAUUAAAACUAAAUAAUAGAGAUUACAGCAGUUCACAGCUCAAAAUAAUGGAAGUGAAUUGCUGUGGGAGAGUUUGUGAGACUGAAUGUCUUUGAAUGUCGAAAGCCAUGUUUACCUAAGACUUCAUUUGGAUCAUUCAUUAAGGAUGACAAAGAUGUAGUAGCGUACAUUAUUUUUAUUUCCUAAAAUGUUUUAUUUUGUAUUUUUUUGACAGUCUAACCCUUUUUAAAAUGGUUGUAAUUUCAAAAAUUAAACUUGCUAAAAUUAAAGCUGCUAUAACUUUUCUUGAUUAUUUAUUAUCAUCAGGAGUUUCCAAUGUCCCAAUGACAGAGGUUGAUGGAAAAAAGCCUGUUCGCUCUGAAAAAAGAAACCAUGCUUGAACAUAAACAUUCAGGUUUUAAAUAAUAUUCUUAUUUCCUAAAUAUGUAAUAAUCAAUACACCUCAUUAAGUUUCAUCAAUGAGUUGGUAUGGCUUUGUUUUGUUGUUGAAUUUCAGCUAACUUUUACAAAGCAUCUGUAGCAGUUUAAACACAUUAAACAAUGUGUGCAAUACAUAAAUGUAUUCAUUUACAUUUAUUAAAACAGAGCUUAUGACAGUCAAAGCAAAUAUUUUUUAUCGAUUUACAUAAAUUUGAGGUGCAUUAAAUUAAUGUGUAGUGAUAGAUUUAUACUGCUUUUUUAUAGUAUUUUGAAUUCCAAGUCAAAACUCUUUUUCUAAAAUUUCUUGAGAAAUGUCUCUGGUUGUGUAAAUGUAGACAGCAUAACCUUUAGAUACAACAUUAAAGCUGUAAACUGUGCUUUUGUGCUCAAGCUGUGCUCUGCAUAAAGCCUCCUAUGAAAAGCGGCCAGAUUAAGACCCCACAAAUUGAGCAAAUGCAAGGCCAAGAGUUUUCUAAUUGGACAGUAAUUUCAGACUCCCUAAUGGUAGCUCGCAACCACAUCCUUGAGAGCAAACAAAAUUGUAAUUAGUGCAUUAUUUUCAGUACUUUCUUUACUUUGAUAGACAAAAGCUCUGCUGUGCUGCUUAACUCUGUUCCUUUAUAUGAUUUAUGUCUAAAAUAAAUACUGAUUAUAGCACACAAAAACAAGCUCCAUUAAAAAACAUCCCAUCAUCAACUACCAUUAUCAUUUAUAUUUCAAAUAUUCAGACGUUUGUUUGCAUUUGGGUAUGCGUCACCCAUUUGUGCAAGUGGACUGACAUGGUUUCGACACUAACAGAACACUGUUUACACUCUAAAUCAAUUGCUUAGGUUGACUUGAAGCAAUUAUUUAUCAAAAUCAAAUGUUAUUUGAAAAUUAGACUUCUUAGACCAUCUAUAUAUGAGAGAAACAUUUAUGCAGUGUAUCCCUUAUCCUGUUGUGUGAAUGUUUUAUGCCACAGCAGUGAAAUUGGGAGGUACAGACACUUCAUGUCAGGCAUGACACCAGAACACAUUCUUAAAAUGAAACCACUGUAACAUCUCUGUAGUGAGGUCACACCAAGUGUUUUAAGGCGAUUCGGUUUUUGAGUUCAAUCUGGCAUAACGUUCUGCUCUGCCUUUUUGGGCUGUACCUUUAAAAAUCACAUCCCUUAAAUCUAUCGUUACUUAGAAAAACACUUAUGAUUCAGAAUGACUACUUGCGUUCAUUCCUCAUUGUACACAAAUACUUUUAAAUGUACAUUAUGGUUUAUUAUGAGGCAUAGAGUCAGCUUGUUCCGUCUUUCAUAUUAUUUUUAUCACUGUAAAUCUUGAAGGAAUAGUUCACCCAAAAAUGAAAGUUUUCUCAUAAUUUACUCACCCUCCAUCCCAGAUGUGUUUGACCUUCUCUCUUCUGCUGAACACAAACAAAGAUUUUUAGAA